AAAAAACAAACAAACAAAGAGCCCGUCUCGUUCAGCCAGUUUUUAUAUGCGCGUCUAAACCCUAACAACCAGUCUCUCAUUAUAAUAGAAAAAAACCCUGGAAAACCCUAAACCCUGAAAAACGCUAAACCCUCUCUCUUUCUCUCCUUCAAUGGCAGACCUCAAACUCUCAGAAACUCGAGACCUAACAAGAAUCGAGCGCAUAGGCGCUCACUCCCACAUCCGUGGUCUGGGGCUGGACUCAGCCCUCGAACCACGCGCCGUUUCUGAAGGAAUGGUGGGACAGACCUCAGCCCGCAAAGCCGCCGGCGUCAUCCUCCAAAUGAUAAAGGAAGGAAGAAUCGCGGGUCGAGCCGUUCUUAUCGCGGGUCAACCCGGAACCGGUAAAACCGCAAUCGCCAUGGGCAUGGCAAAAUCCCUAGGUCUUGAAACCCCAUUUGCAAUGAUCUCCGCUAGCGAGAUAUUUUCUCUUGAAAUGUCGAAAACCGAGGCUUUAAUGCAGUCUUUUAGGAAAGCAAUUGGGAUUAGGAUUAAAGAAGAAACUGAGGUGAUUGAAGGUGAAGUUGUGGAGAUUCAAAUUGAUAGACCAGCAGUGGCUGGUGCUGCUUCGAAAACAGGGAAAUUGACGAUGAAGACAACGGAGAUGGAAGGGGUUUAUGACUUGGGAGCAAAGAUGAUUGAGAGUUUGGGAAAGGAAAAAGUGCAGAGUGGAGAUGUUAUUGCUAUUGAUAAGCCUUCUGGGAAAGUUACCAAGCUUGGCAGGUCUUUUACACGGUCGAGGGAAUAUGAUGCCAUUGGGCCACAGGUUAGGUUUGUUCAGUGUCCUGAUGGGGAGUUGCAGAAGAGGAAAGAGAUUGUGCAUUGUGUCACACUUCAUGAAAUUGAUGUCAUUAAUAGCAGAACACAGGGAUUUCUGGCUCUCUUCACUGGUGAUACUGGUGAAAUCCGUGCAGAAGUAAGGGAACAAAUUGACACAAAGGUGGCAGAAUGGAGAGAGGAAGGCAAAGCAGAGAUUGUGCCAGGUGUUCUUUUCAUUGACGAGGUGCACAUGCUUGAUAUUGAAUGCUUCUCUUUCCUGAAUCGUGCUCUUGAGAAUGAGAUGGCUCCAAUACUAGUUGUUGCCACCAAUAGAGGGAUUACUAAUAUACGAGGAACAAAUUAUAAAUCUCCACAUGGGAUUCCAAUAGAUCUCCUUGAUCGCCUUCUUAUCAUUACUACUCAACCUUAUACAAAGGAUGAAAUUCGCAAGAUUCUGGACAUCAGAUGCCAAGAAGAAGAUGUAGAGAUGGCUGAAGAAGCAAAGGCUCUGUUGACUCAUAUUGGGGUUGAAACUUCCUUGAGAUAUGCUAUCCAUCUAAUUACUGCCGCUGCGUUGGCAUGCCAGAAACGAAAAGGAAAGGUUGUGGAGAGUGAGGACAUUACUCGAGUCUACAAUCUGUUUCUGGAUGUGAAGAGAUCAACGCAAUACUUGAUGGAGUAUCAGGAGCAGUACAUGUUUAAUGAAGCACCCAUAGGAGAUGGUGACGAAGAUGGCACCAAUGCAAUGCUUCAUUGAAAUUUUCUUAGAGAAGGAGAUUUCUGUGGUUACUCUUGUUUCCUUGUUUAUUUAUAGUGAGCACAAAACUUCCCCACCGGAACAUGUUAUCAUGCCUUGCCUUUCUGCAAGUGUUUAGGUGCCUCUUAGCUCUUCAAUUCAAUGUGCAUUUAUGAAUUUGUGUUCUUUAUUAUCUGCUGCAGCCUUGAAACUUUUAACCAUGUAGAAUGCAAUGUUUUCAGGAUACUGAUAUACAGGAAGAGAGCCUUAUUUCACUUCU